CGGGCGGCUGGGGCGCGUGAAGACUCGUGGCCAGCGGCAUCACGUGGCCGGCGGCGCGCUGUUUAGAGGUCCCUAGUUCAUUUGCUCUCCGCAGCCCGGCUGCGAGAGCGGCGGAGCUACUGGGCCACGGACGCUGCGGCUCCGGGAGGGCAGCGGCAGCCCGGGACUAAGGGGGCGGGGGCGGGGCCCGAGCUUGGAGGCGGAGACAGAGACUGGGGCGGGGCCCGCAAAGAUAGCGCCGUGAUGGCCGAAGCGCGGGGCGGGGACCAGGACCCCGGGGACGGGCCCGGGGCCAAGUUGGGGAUGGGACUGGAGGUGAAGCUGGAGCCCGAGCAGGGAGGACUGGAGGUGAAGCUGGAGCUAGCGGGGGGAGUGGAGGCGAAGCUGGAGUGGGACGGGCUGCAGAUCAAGGUGGAAGUGAUGGACCAGCCGGGGGAGAUGGUGGAGGUGAAAACAGAAGGACUAGAGGUGAAGCAGGAGCUCAUAGAUGGAGUAGAGGUGAAACAGGAGCUCAUAGAUGGAGUAGAGGUGAAACAGGAGCUCAUAGAUGGAGUAGAGGUGAAACAGGAGCUCAUAGAUGGAGUUGAGGUGAAACAGGAGGUGAUAGAUGGAGUCCACGUGAAGCAGGAAUUGAUAGAUGUAGUUCAUGUGAAGCAGGAAUUGGUAGAUGAAGUAAAUGUGAAGCAGGAAUUGAUAGAUGAAGAGCAGGAAUUAAUAGACAGAGUACACGUGAAACAGGAAUUGAUAGAUGAAGUAUCCGUGAAGCAGGAAUUAAUAGACGGAGUAAACGUGAAGCAGGAAUUGGUAGAUGAAGUACAGGUGAAGCAAGAAUUGGUAGAUGGAGAGCAGGAACAGAUGAACAGAGUAGAGGUGAAGCAGGAAUUUAUGGAUGGAGUGAAGGUGAAGGAAGAAUUUAUAGAUAGAGUAUGUGUGAAGGAGGAGUUUAUAGAUGGAAUAGAGGUGAAGAAGGAAUCUGUUGAACUAGAUGUGAAGGAGGAAUUUUUAGAUGGGCUGAUGGGAAGUAGAUGGGAAAUGAAAGAGGAGAUGUUUGACUGGUUAGAGGAGAAGCAGAUAGGUAUUCCAGUGGGGAGCAAAAUGGAGGUGAAGGAAGAGGUGGUAGGAGAAGAAAUGAGGACAGAUGAAGUAAUAGGAGAAAUAAAGGUAAAAGAGGAAAUGCCAGAUGAGGUGAGAAUGGAGGAGGAGAUGAUGGGUGAAGCAGAAGUGAAAGAGGAGGUGGUUAUUAGUGAAGCAGAAGUGAAGGAAGAAGAAGUGAUGGGUGAAGCAGAAAUGGAGGAGGUGAUGGGCAAAGCAGAAGUGAAGAUGUUAGGUGGAUUGAAAAUGAAAGAAGAGAUAAUGGAUGGAAUGCAAAUGGAGGAGGAGCAGGAGCAGAUAAUAGAUGGAAUUCAUAUCAAGGAGGAGAUGGGAGGAAUGGAAGAAGAGAAGAUGAUGGAGAGCAGAAUGGAGGAAAAGGAAGAAACAGUUGAGGUGAAGAUGAAGACAAAAGUAGAGGUCAAGACAGAAGUGAAGGAGAAUGGAAUGGAAGUGAAGAUAGAAAUGGAUAUGGAGAAAGAGGAGGUAAAGGAAGAAGAAAUGGAUGGAGCCUUAGUGAGGGAAGAUGGAGCAGAGCUAACAGAGGAACAGGAGCCACAUAGAGAGCCUCGAGUAGGCAGCAAACGGAAGCUGGCCAUGUCAAGCUGUGAAACAUGUGGUAUGGAAGAAGCAAAGUACAGAUGUCCACGUUGUAUGAAAUGUUCCUGCAGUUUAGCCUGUGUGAAGAAACACAAAACAGAACUUACAUGCAGUGGAAUUCGAGAGAAGACAGCAUUUGUUUCAUUAAAACAGUUUACUGAAAUUAAUCUUCUGAGUGAUUAUAGGUUUUUGGAAGAUAUAGGAAGAUCAGCUGACUACAUUGCUAGAGAUAUUUUCUUGAAAAGACCCUCAACGAAUAGAAUUUUAAAUUACAUGAAAAACCGAGCACGAAGACACAAUAUCGACUUAAGAAUUUUACCAAUUGGCUUCACCAAAAGAAGAGAGAAUUCAACAAUGUUUGAUAGGAAAGAGCAGCGCUUUUAUUGGCAUCUGAAACUCCUGUUUCCUCAGAGUCAUGCCGAAUAUGUGGAAAAGGGAGUACCUGGUGAUAAGAAACUUCAUGAAAUUUUAAGAACCUACAUUGAUCCUGAAAAAUCUGAUCCUGUAAUUCGUCAAAGGUUAAAAGUUUAUGUCUUUUCUGAGACUGGAGUACAAAUUUUGAUGAAGAUUGAAAAUAUGCAGCAUAACUUAGUAAGGUAUUAUGAACUGGAUCCUUGUAAAAGUCUCAUAGACAAUUUGAAAGACAAAGUGGUGAUUGAGUACCCAACAUUACAUGUGAUAUUGAAAGGAUCUAAGAAUGACAUGAUAAUCCUCGGCCAAGAGAGAAAUGAAUCCACUGAGAAUUUUGGCAAUGAAAAUCCAGCACUUUCUUCUGAGGAAGAAGGUGAAAUCCAAGAGAGUUCCUGAGGAAUAUGCAUUGGAAGUCUGCUUUGGGAAAGGAGGUUUUGAGUUUUGUUUUGUUUUUUAAUUUAAUUUUUUUAAUUGCUAUAAUUUUUUUUGUCCCAGUUUUCAUGUGAGGUGCCCAGUCAAGUUGCAAGUUUUUUCCUUUUCCUUUGAUCUUCUUAGAACUAAUCUUCCUAUUUUCAAAUGCUUAGUAUAACAGAUAUAACUUUAUUAGUUGAUAUCUAACCAUUACUUAGAUAUUUUGAAGCAAGGAGACUCAGAUUCUUGCUAGCCAAUGAAAGAUUGGGUGGGUAAACUAUAUGGCUAAAAGAAUCUGGCUCCUUGUGGGUUCAGUUAUUAAUGUGUAUAAAUUGAUCCUGGAGCAAUAAUCCAUGGUUUUGGGGGGGGGUUAAACUUCAUUUGUAUCUUUCUAUCUUGAGGGAAGGAAAAAAUAAUAAUAUAUAACUGGGUAGUUCAAUCUGCAAGGCACCUAAUGUAAUUAAAUGGGGACUUUGAUAAAAUGUCUGAAGAAACAGCAGUUCCUACUGCUUAAGCCCCUGUUAUACUUGCUCUCCUUAUUAGAAAUUACAAAUGUAUAAUGCCAUCUUCACUUCCAUCACCACCAUGUACGACUUCUCAUUAAUUUCAUUAAAGUGUAUACAGAAUAGUUGGGUUUUGCAAUCUAUUUUUCAUUCCUAGCAGUACCUGAAAAACUUGGAAUCUGUGCUAGAGAAAUGUACAUAUGUGUAUUUAUUAUAGACAUUUAAAAUUUUUAUCACAUGAUAUCUUUGUACUUCUUAUGAUUUCACUUGUUGGAAUUACAAAGUUUUCCUAAUUUUGCUGGAAUUUCUUAAGUUGUGAAAUGGCUGUAUAGAUUAAAGGAUUAUACAUCUGUA